AUGAAUCCGCUGUCACCAGCCCACGACGCUGCACUCAACUGCUCGCCAAGCUUCCGCCGCUACGACAACGACUACGAGGUCUCCAAGUAUACCGUCCGCGGCGCCAUAACAAUACACGAGAACCAAGAUCACGACGACGACGGGGACACCAUGUCCUCGCCGCUCCUCAGCAACACCAGCGCCCUGACGACCGGCACCUCCCGGAGUCACUCCUCGCAGCCCAACAGCACCAUUGGCACCGCCCCGGCGUCGCUGUCGCCGGCUAAAAACCGCCGCCACAGCCGCGUCAUCUCGGGCACGGAGCUGUCGCCGCUCAAGAUCCUCGGCCGUAAGCGCAGCAGCGAGGAGAACCACGACAGCGGUAGUGGAAUGGGGCCGCCGCCGACGCGGAAUGCUAGAAAGAUUUCGUCACCAGAGAAGCGGUUCCCGGUUAAGAUUGGAGGGGGUGGAGAGGAUGGCGUACGGGAGCGGCAGGUCAGCCUCGAGGAGGCGAUGAGGACAAAUAACCACUUGCGGCGCGCGAUUGACAUUUUUGAGGAUGACGAGGAGGACACCCCGGCGGCGGACGGUGACGAUGACGACGAAGCGGGCGCCUUCAACCCGGACGAUACCAUGACCAGCACGUUUAGCACUUUUUCCGUGACCGCCCCUACGCUCACGAGCUACGCCAACUGGCGCGGGAAGCAGAGUCCCGCCAAGCUCGCUGCCCUAGCUGAGGUGUCAUCGUCGCGGUCGACCACCCGGGACGAGAGCGGCAGCACGACGAACCUUAUGGACUUUACCGACUCGCUACGACACCCACGCCGCUCCCCAGAGAAGAAACUGCCAUCGUCCAAUACACUACCCAACCUGACCGCCACCGCCACCCCUAGAGCGGGCGGUGCCGGAACGAUGCUCAUUGACUUUGACAUUCCCCCGCUGCCGACACCACGCAGCGUGCCGUCGAUUUCCUCACGCGAGCUCGAGUCGCUCAAAUCUGGCUUCCUGUCCGAGAUUUCCUCGCUCAAGGCGUCGCUGAGCGGCAAGGCGGCCGAGGUGCAGUCGCUCAAGACGGCCGUGGGCGACGCCGAGGCGCGUGUCGGCGCGUCCAUGGAGAAGCUCCGCGAGGAGGCGGCGCUGCGGGAGCAGGUAGCGGCUGAAAAGGACGACUGGGCGCGCCGCGGGCGGGACAUGGAGCGCAUGCUGCAACAGCUCCAAGAGGAGCUACGCAAUGGGCAGCGUGACCGCGAGGAAGCGGACCGCAAGCUCGAAGAGAGCGAGAAGCGCCGCGAGGCGGCUGAGAUUUUGCACCAAGAGGCAGAAAGCAAGAUUGCCGGCCUGCGCGCGGGACGGGACGCGGAGGGAGGAAGGAAAGUGGCGCCGUCCCCACAGCAGACGAACAAAGAGGUCGAGAUGGCGGUGGAGCGUGUUGCUCGUGAGCUGCACACGCUAUAUAAGAGCAAGCACGAGACCAAGGUGACGGCGCUCAAGAAGUCGUACGAAGCACGCUGGGAGAAAAAGACCAAGGAGCUGGAGCGCCGCGUACAGGAGCUCCGCAAAGAGAAUGCGGACCUGCAAUCAGGCCGCCCUGAUCCUGACGACACACUGCUCGUGGCCGCGCAGGCCAACGCCGAAGCCGACAAGGAGCAGGCGAGCCGCGACCGCGCCGCCAUUCGCGAGCUCCACGCUACCGUGCAGCGCCUCGAAGCUGUGGUGGCCUCGGUCCAAGGGGACAACCAGGACCUCCGCGGGCUACUUGAAAAGGAACGCGUGGAAAAGGGCGAGCUCGUGCAGCUGGCGGAAGAAAUGAUGUCGAUGCAGAGUGUGGGCGGCGGCGCAGGAGGUAAAACGUCUCCCGCCACAGCGAGGUCCAUGAUGCCGGAACCGAGCAAGACACCGGCAGCCAAGAGACCCAUCUCGAUGCCGCCGCCGCCGCCACCGACAACGCCGGGAGGUAGGAGGGGCAGUGUCGGGAAAGCGUCGGGACUGAGGGCGCCCGGGUCGGCGUAUAGAAGCGGCGCGGGAGGAGCCGGAGGGCUGCGGAUGCCGGGCUCGCGCAGUGGAAUAUUGAGCUCGAUUGAAAAGAUGGGCAGCCAUCGUGGUCGCGGCCAGUGA